UCAUGCAGCUGGUUGAGCUUGGUCUCUCUUGGGUGCCUUUUCGGAGGUCUCUCAGUGCCGCAUCGACUUUGCCGAGCUUCUGGCGGUUAACGAAAGAGAUCUCGCCGACUAUCAUGUAGUGGAUAUGCUUGCAAGACUCCUCUGUGCAAAUACGGUCACCAUCGACUGUCUGCUGCUUCCCCGCUUGGCGCCGCAGCCUCUUCUCGCCACUCUCGAAGUCAUCGAAGAGGUGCAGGAGCGAAUCGACUGUCGAGCCUUCGGUGUUAUCUGCAGCCACACCGGUAAGUGCCGCCAGACACAGCCAAUGUCUGCAUUGCAGUUCAGCAAAAGAAGCCUUCACGGCCUUCAUGACGGUCUUGCCGGUGCCGCCCUCGCCGGUCAGGCACAUGCGCAAUGGCGCGAUGUAUUUAUUGUCCCUCAGGUCUUCGUAGUGGUUGAGCAAGUGGCUGCAGAUGAUUUGGAACGCCCGCAUCUGCUCUUCGUUCAAUUUGUAACGGCUCGCCCAGUGAACAGAGAACGUCCUGUCGUCGACCGUCUCAGGCGGCUUGAAUGCGGACGCCGGCUGCGCCAGCAGUCGAGUGAGGCUGGCAGCAUCCAUCGAGUGACCACCGUGCGUAAAGAGAUUCGACUCGAAGAGAAGCUACUCAGGAGGCUUGCUUCAUCUGACGUGGCGCGGCUGUGGUCGAUUUCAUUUACCUUGUUGCGUUGCUGGUGCAGGUCAUCGUUGGGCUGAUCCUGGCGGUUCCCGUUUGAUUGAGAAGCCGAUUGAUAGUCAUCGAAGGCAGUCUUCAAUAGCCCCUUCAACAGGCGCGCUAGAUUGAUACAUGUCUAUUGAUAUCAUCGCUGGAUAUCGAUAGGUUGGCAUUCAAUUGCAUCCAGCGAUGCAUUGAUAUACUUGGCGAAGCACAUCUUCACCACGGGCGCAGCAGGAGCGGCAACAUGGGGGGUGUCUUGUGUUCUUGGUGCAGCCCUCUGAGUACCUGCAUGCUAUCGCCACGUCUGUCUUCGAGAUGUGCACGUUUUUCAAGCUCCCGCCAGUGUUGUCUGCAUGUUUUGAAACUCUCGCCAUUGUUGCAUGCGUCGGUGCGCUUCUCGCCAACACUCGUGCUGUGCACGUCUCUGUGAUGCAUAAUUGAUCCACCACUUCGCGCGCUGCUUUCGACCCCCGCCCAAUUCGCGGCCCGGGGUGCCCACGCAGUGGGUGCCCCUUACUCGGAAUUGGACAGCAUGCGACCGUCUUCGGUUCACGGGGGCGGUCGCUCUUACACGAAAUACGGCCGGCCGUGACAAGCGAUGCUGUCCAGUCCGUCCUAGCUAUGCCGCACAAGGUGCCUGAUCCCUGGAACUGUAUGUCAGUGACGCUCCUUUGCUUCAUUCUAGUUGGCGCUGAAUUGUCUGGCUGCUGGAGGCUGCCCUCGAUUGCGAGUGGUCCAAGACGGCCGCCAUUAACGCGCCGCUUUUCGUCAUCAGCCUUUCAAUCAGUUGUUGCGGAUGUGGGUUCAUCGGCGGCGAGUGGGAGGUCGGUUCCGGGGGAGAUGGUGCGGCGUGGAGGCGGCGGGGGAGGCUACCAGUACUAUGAAGGUAGGGGGGAAAAGACUCUUUCUUGUCUGAUUCGUUCUGUCACGCGUCUGUGUGUGUGAAGGCGCCCGUCUUCCGCCCCCUCCCGACCUUCCAUCGCUGCUUCUAAGCGAGCGGAUCGUUUACCUUGGCCUGCCACUCGUCUCACAGGUGCGUAGUACACACCCGUCGUGCCCCGGCCGCACAUGUGUGCGUGCAGGUGACAGAGCUGAUAAUAGCUCAGUUACUGUACCUCGAGUAUGAAUCGGCAGACAAACCCAUCCUCAUGUAACACACACGUACACCCAUGAACACAUAACACUACCUGGCUCGCCCAGACCAUUCUACGACAACCGGACAGUCGAUUUGGUUGUGUCUACCGUAUGCGUCUGUGUCUCUCUGUGUCUGUCUGUGUGCUCUGAAGGUACAUUAAUUCGUCUGGCAAUGAAGAUGGUCGGGGGCGUCCCGUUGCUUUCGAGACCGAAGCUCUUGCGCUGGCUGACGUGAUGAAGUAGGUCGGCACGGCAUCUGGCAGGUUGAUUGCGUGGAGGUGUGAGCGGGCCUGUGCGUUGUUGCAGUUAUGUGAAGCCACCCGUGCACACGAUAUGUGUGGGACAAGCAUUCGGCACAGCUGCAAUGCUGCUUGCGAAUGGGGAAAAGGGCUACAGGUACGUUCCAGCCCUCUGAUGGAUGGAUGGAUGCGUAGCUUUUACUGGUGCGAUCUCUGCACGUUUUCCACCCGACCGAGUGCAUGGCGUGGUCGUCCUGCAUUGGGUAUCAGGUAUUCUCUCCCCAACUCCACCAUUCUUCUGAAACAGCCAGUUGGCGGGACUCGCGGGCAAGCAUCAGGUCCCUCACGACUAGUGUCGUCCAAACGGACCAUUUCAUUGCCCCACCUGGCUGCAGAUAUCGCUGCUGGGGCCAAGGAGGUGCUGUUCAUGAGGAAUCAGAUGGUACAGAUCAUCUCUCAGGUUCGUGACUGCAGGUGCAAACUUUUGCGAAAUCAUACAGUGUGCAACGAAUUGGCUUCAGAAGCGUCAUAUCUUGCUCUUUUGAUUUUUUAGGCGUCGGGGAAGGGGUUCGACACGGUGAUGCAUGACCUGCAGAGGAGCAAGUACCUGACGGCCGAGGAGGCAAAAGCGUACGGCUUGAUUGACCGUGUGCUGGACAGCAAGAAGGACCUCACCGUGCCGCCUCCCAUGCCUAUAGUGCAAGCGACGUAGGACAAGCGAUGAGCUGAGCACCUCUCUGGACAGACAGUUGGGGACAGUCGUGUGAAGGGGCGUGAAUGGGUGGGGAACGUCCACGAGUGUCGCAAGAUGACGAUACCAUACGUCCAUGUCACACCUCCAC